AUGACUCUAUUUCGUGUUCUACUCUUAUUACUUUGCUUCAGCUCAUUGCUAUACAAUAUUGUUUUUUCAGAGACAGUGACAGAAACUGAGGAAGAAGUAGAACAAGAACAGUUAUAUGAACACAAGUACACCAUAUACCAUAAACUCUCUUAUCCAGAAUCCACGUUCAAAAAACGAGGUCAACUAGCUUUAAUUCCAUCACGUGGUGUAGCAAAGUACUCACCUGCAGAUAACGAGAAUGAGGAUGUAUCUUUAACUUUGACCGAUUCGUUAAAUAGUCAAAAUGACAACGACACGAUAUUUUAUCAUAUCAAAUUAGUCGAUGAAGAGGAUCCAAAUAAAUCUUUUAUCUCGUUUACAAAAUGGUGUUUAUUACUAUCAUCAAAUUUCGAAGAUGAGAUUAUAAUUCACUUAGAUAAGGAUAGUAAUCUCUUUCAUUUUGAUUAUUACACUACUCAACCUCAAUGCACUGCUCCUACUGAUGGAUAUAAAAAUAGACAACCAAUAACCAAAUUCAAGACUACCGCUCAAACCAUCAAAGCCGUCAAAGGGGUUCGUCCUAAAUUGGCUAAAGCUGCACCACUUCGACCAGAUGGUACUAUAGAAACCCCACCACCUGAAAAAACAUUUUUGCAGAAAUAUUGGUGGGUAAUUGUGAUAGAUCACAUUGUUGGGGGUCCGGAUGAGGAAGGUCAGAGAGGUCAGGGUGGUCAAGGCGGUCAGGGUGGUCGACCCAAUGCGCGACAAUAA